GCUGUUUUGGCAAAACGUGAUGAAGAAGAAGCGCCUGUGAGCUUGAUGUGAAGAAAAAGAAAGCGCGUGCCCUGCACGAGCCUCACGAGCAUCUCAUCCAGAGCUCCGGAAUUCGGAACAGGCAUGCUUUUUCUCUUGAGGCUGUUCGCAAGCCUCGGGCUUCUGCACCUGCUCCACACCUUGCCUAUGCAGAACACGACGCCAUCGCCACUGCUACGAUUCCACGGAUCGUCAAAAGCAUUCCAUACACUCGAGGCCACCAGUGGACACGAAGUCGACGCUGGCACGGCGGUGUCCCGAUGGUGUUCCACGACGGCUUCCUGGAGCUCCGUUGUCACAAGCGAUGAGCGAGGAGGCCACUACGAGGUUGUUCUGGACGAGCCUGUCAGAGGGAUAAAGGCAUUUCGAGUCGACGACGACUUGGAAGUCUCUAAGAUGGCUGCAGGAGAGGAGGACGGCAGCAUGGGCCGGAACUACUACAACAGGAUACUGAGGAAGAAGGCAGCGGUAACUCGAGGGCCCCGUCCGCAGGUCCGGCCCGAGCGGCACGAGACAUGCGACGACGACCGCGACUGCAGGCGCUCGCCCAGCCAGAUCUGCAUAAAGCACGCGGGAGAGCUGCACGGCCGCUGCCAGUGCCCCUUCUACCGUCCCGUCGAAGCCACCUUGAACGGCGUCGUGCGAUGCGUCGCCGCCAAGGACUUGUUUGACGAGUGCCGAAGCAACGAGGAGUGUGCGGCCACCAACCCGUACCUGGAGUGCGUCAACCGGUUGUGCUCCUGCCUGCCUCCCCACGUCCUCAAAGACCACGCUGAAUGCAUCGGCGGUGCCUCGGUACAGGACUGGAUCUCCUGGCUCGUCUUUGUGGCAGUCCUUGCUGUGACGGGAGUCGGUAUGGCUGCGUGGCUGAUUUCGAAGCGCAACAAGAAGUCCAGCUCGGGUUCGGGCAACAGCGAUGACAACGACGCGGAAGGCGCGCCAGCUGCCGAACUCGUAGCGUCUAGCUGCCGCCAACAGCCGCCAGUGCAGCGUCAGCAGUCGACACAUCAGGCGCCUGAGUCACGCUAUCGCGGUUACAGCGGCGAAGGUGGCGGUGCCGUGCACAAAGGCUACCAGCACAGCGACGUGCUGAGCCGCUUCAACGUCCCGCCCAUGAAGGACUGGGUCCGCGUCCCCAAAGGAUUCAGAGGGAACGCCCAAUGCACCCUCGAUAGUGCUGGUGGAGGAGGCGCCGCGGAUCAGAACCGAGUGAUGUGGGCCCAGCAGGCGUUUACCUCUCUGGCGUCGCCCAUCUACCAGAACAAGCUGGUCAGGCGCCUCAUGGCGGGCAAGGGCGCCUCCAGCUCGUACCCGGACUCGUCCAGCGUCGCCGAGCCAAUGCCACACCACUCGGUGAUGGCCAGUCCGGCGCCGCCCUCGGCCCUAUCGGCACGCUAUGGCAGCGAGGUGCCGCCGCUGCCCACUCCGCUGCAAGAGUCCUUGCGCAGGAUUGCGGCGGCCAGUGGUCGUUCCUCACAGCGCUUGCAGCCGCAUCAGCGUAGGGUCACGCUGGCUACCUGCAGCGACGAGGCGGCCUCGUUCCGCUCGUUCCCGGUAUCUGGGGCCCGCUCCGGGAAGUCGCAGCGCUACGCCGCCGACGACGACGACGAUGAAGAGACGCGGGCGCCGCCGUCAAGGCUGCGCAGCCGCAGCAGCUCUCGCUACUCGGCGGCCGCGCGUGAGCCCAGGUCGCGCAGUGAGUCCAGCGACGCACUGCCGACAUCGCCGCGCAAAGUGUUCUUUGCAAACUAUAAGAAAUAGAAAUAAAAUAUACGCGUACGUACCCUGUUUGAUUCAGCA